GCCCCGGGCACCGUGCGCUGGCUGCGCGUUCGCGGGGCGUUCUCGGGGCGCCGAGAGGGUGGCGAGCGAGGUCCCCGUGGCCGCACGCUAGGAGGAGGCUGGAACCCCGUUAGGAAGAAUGGAAUUGGCGGCUCGCUACCAGAUCCCUAAAGAAGUGGCUGACAUCUUUAACGCCCCCAGUGAUGAUGAAGAGUUCGUGGGUUUCCAAGAUGAUGUUCCCAUGGAAACCCUCUCAUCGGAGGAGAGCUGCGAUAGUUUUGACUCGCUGGAGUCGGGGAAACAGCAGGAUGUGCGUUUCCAUUCUAAAUACUUCACAGAAGAGCUAAGAAGAAUCUUUAUAGAGGACACUGACUCAGAGACUGAAGAUUUUGAAGGGUUUACGCAGAGUGAUCUGAACGUGCAGAGUAACCCGGAAGUGAUGCUUGUAGAGUCAGAUUUGAGUGACAACAGCCAGGCAUCUUUGGUGAGCGAGGAAGAGGAAGAUGAUGAAGAAGAAAAGGCUACACCUAGAAGGAGGAGGUCUAGAAGAAGCAGUAUUGGUCUUCGAGUAGCCUUUCAGUUCCCCACCAAGAAGUUGGCUAAAUCAGAUAAAAACGGUUCUUCCGAGCAGUUGUUUUCUAGCUCAUGCUUACAGAACGAUAAAAAACCAAUUCCUGGAAGAAAGAAAGGCUGUCGGCAGGGGAUGGAAGAGGAAGAUUCUACCUCUGAUUCUGAGGACUCCAGGGAUGAGAGCCAGGAGAGUUCGGACGCCCUGCUGAGAAGGACCAUGAACAUCAAGGAGAACAAGGCCAUGCUUGCCCAGCUCUUGGCAGAACUGAACUCAGUGCCCGAUUUCUUCCCUGCACGAACCCCGGCCUCAACUUCUAAGAAGAAAACCGUGCGGCGGGCCUUCUCGGAGGGACAGAUCACGCGGCGCAUGAACCCCGCCCGGAGUGCGCGGCCUCCUGAGAAGUUUGCUCUGGAGAACUUCACUGUCUCAGCCGCCAAAUUUGCAGAAGAGUUUUACAGCUUCAGAAGAAGGAAGACGAUUAGUGGGGGUAAAGGCCGGGAGUAUAGACGACGUCACCGUGUAUCUUCCUUUCGGCCAGUGGAGGAUAUCACUGAAGAGGACUUAGAAAACGUUGCCAUAACUGUUCGAGAUAAAAUCUAUGAUAAAGUGCUGGGUAACACGUGCCAUCAGUGUCGGCAGAAGACCAUCGACACCAAGACAGUGUGCCGGAACCAGAGCUGUGGCGGUGUGCGAGGACAGUUCUGUGGGCCCUGCCUGCGGAACCGCUACGGGGAGGAUGUGAGAUCAGCAUUGCUGGACCCGGAUUGGGUGUGUCCUCCCUGCCGUGGGAUCUGCAACUGCAGUUACUGUCGGAAGCGUGAUGGCCGCUGUGCCACAGGAAUCCUCAUUCAUCUGGCCAAGUUUUACGGUUAUGACAACGUUAAGGAAUAUCUGGAGAGCUUACAAAAGCAGCUGGUAGAAGAUAAGUAAGAGAAAGAAGAUCCAGCCAACUCGCCUUAGAGACCUCCAGUGAGACAUGCGUACCAUUUGUGCCUAAGAUUUUUACAGUUGUGUUUUUACACAGAAAUUCUUCGUAGAGUGUACUAUGUUUAUAUGCCUAAAAAGAUUUCUCAGGAAGACAGCAAAGCAGAGAAGUCCUAAUUAAUUGUUAAAAGUAUCUGCCGAUGAUUAAAAAGCACAAUUUAAAUGGGGUGGAGUUAAAGUUCAGGUAAGUUAGAUAGAAGACAUUGAAUAAGCAGCUCUUGCCCUUGUUUAAUUACCCAUGGUGCCUUGCUCUUUCACUUUCCAAACAGUAACUCUAGGCCCAGUGUUUACAGGGGUUGUAGAGCCUCUAGUUGGCCUUCUCAUGAGUGAUGACAGUUCAACCCACAUAGUUUAUAACCUGCUCGGAGUCAUUGGAAAUUUAUAUUGAAGAAUGAUCCCCUAAAUUACAAAGUGCAAUUAACCUGAGAACGUGAGAGUACUAGAGUUUUAUUUUUAUUAAAACUUGACUGAACAAAAAGUGGACUGUCAAGUUCCAGACACUGGAGGGCCCGGUGCACUGCUAGCCGGCAGGGACGUCUGCCUCUUCCUUCAGGACUCACCUGGGGCCGCUGCUUUUAUGUUUUGAAAGAAUUUAAGGGCUAAUUUUUAAUUUAAAAGGAUUUUGCUAUUAUCCGCCUUCCUUUCAGUUGUGGUGUGUUGGAGGUUGUGUUCAGAGGAAACAUGAUACUGUACUUCUUUGUAUUGUGGGAUGGGGUUUCAGAGGUGUACCAGGGAAAGCUAAAAAUCAGUAGAUUCUCAGUAGGUUUCCAGUAUUUCCUCCUCUGCUCUUUUUCUACCCCUUCUUUCUAAGGAUAGCGUUUUUAAAAAUGCACAUGUAAGUUACUAAAAUAACUCAACGCGCAUGGGAACGGAAUGGUGCAGUGACACAAUGGAAAGUCCUCACUGUGCUCCAGCCGAUGGUCAGCCUAUGCUUCCAGCAGCAGAGCCACUCCCGCCAGAACCCACUUUGCGGUCUUCUCUUUGCUCUUCAGCCGGAAGGUCCAGAUGUAGCUGGGGCCUCUCAGUUUGGUUCUGUACACAGGGCACUCAUAGGUGUGUUUGGUUUCUUGUCUGUCCACGGGGCUGGCUUUUGCAAAGAUGACGGGCAUGGUGGAUGUCAGUUCUUUGAGGCGGGCUUCAACAAUGGUUCCUGACUGGGUGUCCCAUCUGGCACCUACGGCGAAAACACAACGUUGUUACUGAUGAUGUGAUUGUUUGAUGCAAUAAACAGUUGCGGUUUGGUCACAUUUU